AUGUCGUUACCACCACUGUCAGCCUCAUGGAGAGACGAGCCACUGACUCGUGACGAGCGCGACAAAGUGCAAAACAUUCUUCAAGCAUGUAAAGACAGAGAUCGCAAGACCCUAUGCGAGCUGGCUGCCACCAACGAUGGACUAGUGGAGGACGAGGUUAGACGCAUAGCAUGGCCUAUCCUGCUCAGCUGUGAGGGCGCCGGAGACAUCGCUUUACCAGACACAAAAGCAGCGGUCCAUCGAGAUGAGGAUCAAGUCCAAUUGGAUGUCAACCGCUCUUUCGUUUACUAUCCAGCAGGUGAGCCCGAGAAGACAAAGGACAACCGUAAGGGGGAGCUGUCACAUGUCAUCACCACAGUCUUGCGUGCUCAUCCCAUGCUGCAUUACUUCCAGGGCUACCACGAUAUUGUGCAGGUAUUCUUGCUUGUUCUAGGCGCGGAGGCGGCAGUCCCAGCGGUAGCACGACUGUCGUUACUUCGAAUUCGAGAUUUCAUGCUACCGACUAUGUCCGGCACAGAAUCUCACUUGCAUCUGCUGCCAGCCAUACUGUAUGCUGCGGAUGCCGAGCUCUAUCAUCAUCUCUCACAAUCACAGCCUUUCUUCGCGCUCCCAGCUAUAUUGACGCUUUACGCGCACGAUAUCGAGGAGUACGGCGUCAUUGCGCGGCUUUUCGACUUUUUGCUGGCUAGCGAGGCGGCGGUGCCGGUGUAUCUUUUUGCUACGAUAGUCAUAUCGCGCAAGAGGCAGCUACUGGAAAUCGAAGCCGACGAGCCGGACAUGUUGCACGUCACUUUGACCAGGCUGCCUAAGCCACUGGAUCUCGACGGCCUCAUUCAACGGACUCUCACAAUCUUCCGCGAACAUCCACCAGAGGGUCUUCCGAGCCGAGCUUGGAGCCGAGUUUCGCGUUACAGUGUGCUUAAGACCACUCACGACAUGCAGCGGCUCGCCACGCAGAGCCUCCCAGAAGGGGAAGCCAUGUACACCAAGCACGCCGAGGAGAUCAAACGCGCCGAGGAGUGGAAGCGAAGGAGGCAACGCAUGCAGCAGAUCGCCAAGAGGUACAAGCGGCCCUCGCAACUUGCAGGUGCAGCUAUCAUGGCAGUUAUCAUAGCCUAUUGGUUUGGGAGUGGAAGUGGUCAAGCAGUAUUGCAGAUUGUGCACAGAGCGACACGUCAAGCCAACAAAUUGGGCGUGAUCGACAGCUGA